ACUGGAAGAGAACACAGGACGGGAAGCGGACGCGCUGUGAAAGCUCUACAGAAAUGGACGGCAUCAGUGAUGUUGCAGUUGGCGUGAAGAGAGGAUCAGAUGAGCUGAGUAUGUACAACAGUCCCAACUCUGGCAUGAGCAGUAGCAGUGAUGGGGCUUCUAAUGGCAGUGACAGUAAAAAGCUCAGGGUGGAGGAGGCCCCUCCAUCUCGUGUGCUCCACAUCAGGAAGCUGCCCAACGAGGCCUCAGAGACAGAAGUCAUCGCCCUUGGCUUGCCUUUUGGCAAAGUCACCAACAUCCUCACACUAAAGGGAAAGAACCAGGCAUUCCUGGAGAUGGGGACAGAGGAGGCAGCCAUCACUAUGAUUAACUACUACACCACAGUAACUCCUCAUAUCCGCAAUAUCCCCAUCUUUAUUCAGUACUCCAAUCACAAGGAACUCAAAACCGAUGCUGGAAAUCAGCGGACCCAGGCAGUGCUGCAGGCAGUGUCAGCAGUCCAAUCUGGUGGCUCACCGAGCUCAGACGUUCAGGAGGCUCUGGCAGCAGCCUCCAGUCCCGUGCUGCGCAUCAUCAUCGACAACAUGUUCUACCCAGUAACGCUGGAUGUGCUGCAACAGAUUUUCUCCAAGUUUGGCACAGUUAUGAAGAUAAUCACAUUUACCAAGAACAAUCAAUUCCAGGCCCUUCUACAGUUCAGUGAUCCUGUUAACGCACAGCAAGCAAAACUGGCAUUGGAUGGUCAGAACAUAUACAACUCGUGCUGCACACUGCGUAUCGACUUCUCCAAGUUGGUUAACCUAAAUGUCAAGUACAACAAUGAUAAGAGUCGUGACUACACACGACCUGAGCUUCCCGCUGGGGACGGACAGCCCAGCCUCGACUCCACGGUGGUCGCUGCGUAUAGUAAAGAUUCCAAUUCUCUCCUCGGUAAGAUCCCAGGAGCCCUGAGCCCUCUGAGCGCUGCAGCAGCGGCUGCUGCAGCUGCAGGGAGGGUGGCCCUGGCUGGACAGACAGGGUCCAGCGGGGUCCUGCUGGUCAGCAACCUCAACGAGGAGAUGGUUACGCCCCAAAGUCUGUUUACCCUCUUCGGAGUGUAUGGUGAUGUCCAGAGGGUAAAAAUACUCUACAAUAAGAAGGACAGCGCUCUCAUUCAGAUGUCAGACGCCAACCAGGCCCAGCUAGCAAUGAGCCACCUGAACGGUCAGAAGGUGUAUGGGAAGAUCAUCCGAGUGACCCUGUCCAAGCAUCAGACGGUGGCGCUGCCCCGUGAUGGCCUGGAUGACCAGGGCCUGACCAAGGACUUUGCCAAUUCUCCACUCCAUCGCUUUAAGAAACCGGGAUCCAAAAACUUCCAGAACAUCUUUCCGCCCUCUGCUACCCUCCACCUCUCUAACAUCCCACAAGAUGUGACGGAGGAUGACCUGCGACUGCUCUUCUCCAACGCUGGAGGCACUGUGAAAGCAUUCAAGUUUUUCCAGGAUCGUAAAAUGUCUUUGAUUCAGAUGUCAACAGUGGAGGAGGCCAUCCAGGCUUUGAUUGACCUUCACAACUACAACAUGGGAGGCAACCAGCACCUGAGAGUGUCCUUCUCCAAAUCCACCAUUUGAGAGAGUGACUCACAAACUGCUGAAAGCAGAGUGGUUCACCGUCUCUGAGCCGGUCAGAAAUCUUUCAGACUGUCUGGACAUUGGGGGGGAGGGGCACAUUAUUGAAAUAGUUUUGUUGUUGGGGUUUUGUUGAUCCUGUCAUUCCUUGAGAGACACUGGAACCUCUGACAUGCAUCCUUUUCUAAAAAGAGAACAAUUAAGUGUGUUUCAAAUACUGGAUCAUCCCAGCUAUUAACUGUACCUCUGUAUUUUUAUGUCAGAAUAUUGACAUGAUUGAUUGUCCCCCUGUAUGAUAGUUUGGUGUAGAUUAAUGUUUAAUUCUUGAUUUAGUUAAACGAUUCAGUACUCAUGUGCCUUACUUGACAUUAUCAACUGUUUGAUGGACAUCUUCAUUAACACCCUCCUUUGCUUUUGAGGCACAUUGGUAUUGCAUAUUAUUUUUGGGGGUUGGUGUGAAUGCAAGCUGUUUUUUACGUAGACGUUAUUGCAGUUUUUUAAAGCUAUGCUACCAACAGGCCAAGCUUUUUUGUUUUGUGUCAGAGUUUUAGAUUCAUAACGUUUUUUGUUUUAGUUUAGAAGCAGAAGAGAGGAAUGUACCUGAGGCAACACUUCAGAGUUUUUACAGCAGCCUGCUACAGGCAGUUUAACUUGAAUUCCAUUAUUCCAGGGAUUUUCAAAGUCUGAGAGUGAGUCUCCUCAGCCAAAAGAAACAACGCCUGCAUACCACACCUAAGUCUACUGGCUUAGGUUUCUCCUUCAAAGACAACUUUGUAAUAACUAUCUCGCUAAGGAUAUUGAACAAAGUAAUGAUCUCCUUUUGUUAAUGUAAUAACUUAAAUCAUGCAUUUUCACUUCCAUUCACGUAUCCUCCCCCAUGGGAUGGCCAUCCUCCCACUUUGAAAACCCCUGCAUUAUUCCACAAGUAUGCUCGGUCUAAGAUAUUUUUCCCGCAGUUUGGACUUCACAGCUCACACUCAAGAUGAACCAUCUUAAUGUAGCUCAUGGCUGAGUAUUUCUUAAUCUGUGUUUUUGAAGCCUUUCCUGCUUUUUCCACAUCAGUGAGGUGUAAUUGUCAGUGACCAUGGUUUUUCUAAGCGUGUAUAUUGACAAUAGGAUCUGGCAUCAGAAAGUGUUGCAUGCUGUGGAAGCAGAUAGAAGAUGAGUCCACUGUGAUUUCAUUGUCAUGUGACAGUUUACUAGCGAGGGCUACUCGGUUGGACCAAAGUUUCUGUGCCUUUAGCGUUCCUUUAAAUCAUUAAAAAACUAGCAUUUCACAACAAAGAAAUGUUGCAUUUCAGGAAGAAGAAAAAGUCACGUGUCAAGAUAAAUCCCACUUUUUUCUUUUGAUACAAGAAGUCCUCUAGACUUGAGAUGUUUUCUCAGAAAUAAUAGUCAUGUAUAUUUUUUCCUCCAGGUCUGAUUUUAUACAGUUCAUCGUGUAAGAUUUGGUAUAGUUCUGAGGCACAAUUAAAGGAUGAAUUGUUUUCUAACAAGGGGUGGUGCGACUUGGUUUCCUGCUUUUUGAGUUUUCCUUCUCAUGGUCUCUCGUGUACACUGCAUUAUCUCUGUAGCAUGUCUAAUAAAACUCUUCUGUAGCUCUGCGUUCUA